UAUUUUGAAUCUCUGCUAACGGAAACACGUCAGCGAAGGUCGUUGGGGAAACUGCUGUUAGAUGAUGAGUGCGACACUUUCAGUUGACCAAGCGGUCACAUUCCGGUAGAAAUCAACUUACCGACCUGCUGUAUCCCAGAGGGUAGCACUCCUUCAGUUCAUCUGGAGACUCACACAGGCUGGGACCGAAACGGAAAGGCUCUUCGUUAUAAAACGGCUAUUCCCUGGGUAAACGGGCACCUUAGAUAAGAGAGAAGAUUCUCGAAUCGGCAGACGCUCUGUCCGCACCCGCUCUGGAUCCCCGGAUCUCUUUGAACGCGUCGACAUGAGGAGUUUGCCGUAUUUCUGUCGGGGACAGGUCGUCCGCGGAUUCGGACGGGGAAGCAAAGACCUGGGCAUCCCCACAGCGAACUUCCCAGAGUCGGUUGUGGACAAUCUCCCUGCUGACAUUAGCACAGGAAUCUACUACGGGUGGGCAUGCGUGGAUAACGGAGACAUUCACAAGAUGGUGAUGAGCAUCGGCUGGAACCCUUACUACAAAAACACAAAGAAGUCCAUGGAAACGCAUGUGAUCCACAAGUUUAAGGAAGAUUUCUACGGUCAAAUAUUGAGUGUGGCCAUGGUCGGCUACAUUCGUCCUGAGAGAGGAUUCGGAUCACUUGACGAGUUGAUAGCAGCGAUUCAUAGUGACAUUGAAGAGGCGAAGAUAAAGCUGGACCUGCCUGAGCACUUGAAACUAAAAGAGCAUCAUUUCUUCAAGACGUCGGUAGCGACGACAGCCAAUCAGAUCUUGAACGGUCAUCGACUGUAACAUUCACUUUCACCUCUAUUUAAAAGCCUGUUUAUCACGUAUGCAGUUUGGUUUUUAUGUACAAAAUAUUUCUGUCCGCAUGUGGUGCUUUGCUCAAGUGCAGGCACUAUGUGCAUUUAUGUUCAUAUGGUAUCAUCACGUAGCUCUUUUGUUUCUGUAUUUAUAGCAAAAAGGAGGAUUCCAGUUGCUUACUGGUGAAUGAUCACUGCAGUUCACAGGGUAAACGACACAGAGCCCUUCCCAGAAUUCAGUGAUUACCACAGAUGAUACUAUGUGGAAGUCAGGGAGUGUCAAAAUCUCUUCUUUCUGGUGAAAUUUCUCUUUAGAUGGAGAGUUCUUCCCCCACCUUCACUUUAUUAAGGAGGACUCUCUUUACUUGAAUAAAACACUUUAACAGUUGUCAAAAUUGGUGUUCCGCCUCUGAGAUAAAAUGCAUGCUUUUUAUGGUUCUCAGAGAACGGUGCCCAGAGGGGGAAGUCCAAGGUUGAGAAAGAGAGUUAAAGCACAGGUUGUUGUAAUAUGAUUACAAAACUGGGCAGAUGGAGAACAGUGACUGAAGACUAAAUUAAUUAACCUAAAUGGUCUUUUAAAUAUUUAAGUGUGUAUAGUAGAUCUGUAUAGCAAACACUUGCUAUUAUUUAUAUACGGUUUACUAAACAUUAACCUAAAAGAACAUGUCUUUUUCUUUUACUCGGGUUAUACAUUUAGUAGUGUUUUACAUUUGAAAAGACACUCAAGAGUCAGGUUAGAUCGUAGGUUUACAAAUUAUUUACCUGUUUCUCCAUGUUAUGUUCCUGUUGAAUUGGUGCUUGAAACAUGUAACGUUACUGCAGCAAUCCUCUGUUCCGGUGCGGUCACGUUAUUAGCGGGAUUUCACGGGCAAAAAAAUACUGAUUCAUUAUCACUAGUGUAGCUCACACAGAAAACGGUUUCAAACCAAAUUUUCGCCACUUUCUUUUGCUCAAAGCGGCGAAUCCUGUGGACUUGGAUUUUGCCCGCGAAAACUCGCUGAAGAGCGGCAAAUGUGACCGCACUGCUGUGUCAUGUUCAGACACUCAUUCAUCUAGACUGGGUCUUUAUAUGUUGAACUGGUACGUUUGUAUAUGUUUGGUAUAUGCUUUUUUUCUGUUUUCUUUAUAGGUCAGGGCAGUGCCUUAAAUAAGUGAAAUCUAGCAUAUUAAUAUACAGUGCACAACCAAGCAUUCCUUCAAUGUUGACACCUGCUUGUAAGCAUUAAACAAAAAUGCCUUAAGUGGAGUUUUACUGCUGUGUUUUUUUGUGAAAACGUCUGUAAUGCUUUCAUGAUGUCGUAAUAAACUGGAAAUAAAUGAGAUCUAGUUCAGAAUCAGUGGUAAUAAACGCUCUGUUCAUUAUAAACAAUCUUGUGAGCCAUUAGUCAUACAGUAGCUUUACUUUAACAAUCAUAUUCUUUUGAUUAGAACUAUUCAAAAGAUCAAAUUAAAUUAAUAUUAAAAACAG